AGAGGGCUGUGGGGGAGGAGCCGUCCGAGGGAACGUGGGUUGAACGUUACGGGUUGGUGGUGUUGGACCUCAAGCUGGAAAAGGAGUUCGGAUCUACUGUACACGAAGAAGGAGAGUGCUUCGGGCAGGGUUCAUUGAAAAAUCCUUAGUGAUUUUGACAUGUUCCAAGUGACAUAAAUUAGCCAAUGACUCGGAAUGACGGAUGAUUCUCUGAAGACUGGAAAUGGUUUGCCACUGGUUGGACCAGGGACUGAUAUAGGGAUAUCUUCACUCCCCAUGCUGGGGUACUUGGGAAAAAAUUAUGCUUCAGCUAAAGUUCCAACAGACGGGCAUUGCCCUGCUUGUAGAGCGAAAGGAAAGCUGAAUGCCUUAAAAACUUACCGAAUUAGCUUCCAAGAGUCUAUCUUUUUGUGUGAGGAUCUUCAGUGCAUUUAUCCUUUGGGAUCAGAGUCACUUACUAAUUUAAUUUCUCCUGAUUCGGAAGAUUGUCACACUUCAAAUAAGCCUCAAAAAAGAAAAAGAUUGGAAACCAGCUGUAAGAAUUCACCUCUUCCAGUAAAUUCUAAAAAGACUAGAAGUCACAUUGUCACUGAGAGUAAACCAAUUGUGAAUGGUAAAUACAAUGGAGAAGUAUGUGGUGACUUCUCAACAAGCUUCCCAGAUAACAGUGCUCACCAGAAUCCAGUCAGGACAGCUGCUUCCGUGGAGCAGAAUGAGACUUUGGAAGCUGAUGGUGUGGCCGUGGCUACUUCAGAAGAUCCUGCUACAGUUAGUGUCACAUCUGAGCUGGAAAUGCCAUCUAAGAGCAGAUGUUUAUCGCUUUGCCAGACUCUCUGUGUCCAGUGGAAAAACAGUCAGGCACUCUGCUGGUUAGACUGUAUCCUUUCGGCCCUCGUGCACUUGGAGGUGUUGAGGAAUACUGUGCUGGAGGUGUGCUCCAGAGAGGAGUGUGUAUUUGGGAGGCUGUUUGAAAUGUACAAGCAAGCAGAUAGACUUCUGCACACCCAUCACUUGCAUGGAGUCACAGGUGAAGAUUGUAAAAAAUUGACAUCAGAAAUAUUUACAGACAUAGAUACCUGUUUGAAUAAAGUUAGAGAUGAAAUUUUUGCUAAACUUCAGCCUAAGCUUAGAUGCACAUUAGGUGACAUGGAAAGUCCUGUGUUUGCACUCCCUGUACUGUUAAAGCUUGAACCCCAUGUUGAAAACCUCUUUACAUAUUCUUUUUCUUGGAAUUUUGAAUGUUCCCAUUGUGGACACCAGUACCAAAAUAGGUGUGUGAAGAGUCUGGUCACCUUUACAAAUGUUGUUCCUGAGUGGCAUCCACUCAAUGCUGCCCAUUUCGGCCCAUGUAACAGUUGCAACAGUAAAUCACAAAUAAGAAAAAUGGUGUUGGAAAGAGCGUCGCCCAUACUCAUGCUGCACUUCGUGGAAGGCUUACCAAGGAGGGAUUUGCAGCACUAUGCCUUUCACUUUGAAGGUAGUCUUUAUCAAGUCACGUCGGUAAUACAGUACCAAGCAAAUAACCAUUUUAUAACCUGGAUUUUAGAUGCCGAUGGGAGUUGGCUGGAGUGUGAUGACCUAAAGGGUCCAUGUGCUAAAAGGCAUGUGACCUGUGAAGUGCCAGCAUCAGAGACACAUAUCGUUAUUUGGGAAAGAAAAUCCCAGGUGCCAGUUGAAGAAGAUGCCUGCCUUCCAUGCAUGAAGCCGCAUGUGCAGCCUGUGUCAGGUGAGGAGUUGCCAACUUGCCCAGCCCUGUGUUCUCUGGCUGGGACCACCACCUCAGAACCCUCAGUUGCUCAUCCCACACCGAUGGCAGGCACUCCUCAGACUCCUCCAGAAAUCCAAGGUGUAGCUCAUGGAGGUAGUGUUCUUUCAGGAACAAAAGGCUUGGUCAACAGCAUUUUACCCUCAGCACUUGAAGAGACCAUCCAGGAAACUGCCUCUGUUUCUCAGAUUGACUCCAAAGAUUGCCUGUUGGAAGACAAACCCGUGGCAGGAAGUGCAGGACUUGUCAGAGUACUUGCUUUUCAGCCCCAGGACUCCCUGGGGUCUUCCUUGUUGUCUAACCUGUGUGAAGGAAAGCUAGUUGCCCCAUGUGUGGAUUCAAGUUUCCCAUCCCAAGCUGUGAGCGCAGACCUGCAGGCAGCACCGUCUCAGACAGGGGACACUGUGAUUCCUAAACCUGUGACUGAUGCCCCUGUUGCUGUUCUUGUUCAGGAAUUGAAGUCCAUGGCAACUGAGACGGACUCUCAGAUACAGUUGCUGCCACGGAAAACUGAGAACUUAAACCCAGAACAACCUGGUAAAUCUCAGGCAUCUAAUUUGAGAAAAAGAGAAAGUGCAGCAACUUCUAAAACAGUAGCAGCCAGGUCAGCACAGAAUCAGCCUCGGAAAGAUGACCAGAAGAAAACCUUCGUGGGAAGUUGGGUGAAGGGGCUGUUGAGCAGGGGUGGCGCAUUUAUGCCACCCUGUGUUUUGGCUCAGAGUAGAGCAGUAACUGACCUGCAGCCCUCUGUUAAAGGAGCCAAUAAUUUUGAUGGCUUUAAAACGAAAAGUAUAAACCACAGAUCUAAAAGGAUGUCCAGGAAAGCUAAGCAUGUGGAGGAGCCAUCUCCAGGGAGCAGCUCCCCACCAUUGGGCAGCACGGCUCCUGGGAACGCUGCCUCAGCCCUGGUGAAGGAGCAGGAAGGCCCACGUCCACCUCCCCUCAGCCACAGAUCCCUCAGUGAUGAAAGCGCCAUAUCUCCAGCAAGCUGUGGGGAUGCAGCUGAAGAUCAGGUUCAUAAGCUUCGGCUCAAACUUCUUAAAAAAUUAAAGGCAAAAAAGAAGAAACUAGCCGCCCUCAUGUCUUCCCCGCACCGUGGAACACCUGUAAGUGACCAUUCAGAGCCUGCAUCCCAUUGUGGGUCUCCAAAUGACUGUGAGUCCAUAGAAGACCUGUUCAAAGAACUACAGUAUCAAAUUGACCUUGCAGACAACAAGUCUGGGUGCACCUCUGCUCCUGAUGGCACCUCAUGUAACAGCCAGAGUCAUGAGGAGAUUUUAGCAGAGUUGCUGUCGCCUACAGCCCUGUCAGAGCCCUCAGAAAGUGGGGAGCUUGAGUUGAGGUACUUGGAAAUGGGAGACAGCACCCCAAUCCCAGCACCUAGUGAAUUUAGUGCUGUUGCCCAGAACACAUGUCUGAAACAGGACCAUAAUUACUGUAGCCCUGAGAAAAACCAAUGUGAAGUUAAUCUGCAUUCAGUCAUAGACAGUGCCUGUAUUAGAACCUUGAACUUGGGAAGUCCCAUGAAGACUGAUAUUCUUGAUGAUUUUUUUUCCACUUCAGCAUUGAAUUCUUUAGCUGAUGACACACUAGACAUACCUCAUUUUGAUGACUCUCUGUUUGAGAAUUGUUGAGUGCAUGCUGUGUUUUACUGUAAUACUGACCACUGCUGCUAGGAGGCUGUGUCUUGUGGGUAGUGUUGCUUGAAGUACACAGCCUUGUGUUCUAGCCACGGGGAAGCUGGGAGCUACUGGAGUCUGCCUGUGAGACAUGGGCUCUACCGCAAAUUAAAGUCCUCAGCCCAGUUUU